AUGGCGUCCUUGUAUAAGACUAUUCUCUCCUCGACCCUGGUGGGGUCCGCCUCGGCGGUCAACUUGUACGCGGCCCAGUCCGACGGGAACGUUACAAGCCUGUCCUUGACCGGGUCGGGAAGCAGUUACGAGCUGGCCGUAACAUCGGUCUCCCAGGAAUGCGAGGUCAACCCCUCGGUCCUGACCCUCGACAAGGAGAACAGCAUUCUGUACUGCUACGACCGUGGAGGAUCCGUCGGAAGCCUGAACUCUUUCUCUACCUCGGCGGAUGGGACCCUGUCUCGAAUCGCACGGAUCGAGGGGCCGGCCAGCGGUGUCUGGGCCGAGAUCUUGACCGCGAAGAGUGGCAGGCGCGCGUACAUCACUUCUUCCUACGACACGAGCGCGGUCGGCGUUUUCGAGCUUGGUGAAGAUGGUGCUCUGCCUGGAACUGGUCCCGUUCAGACGAUCUUCCCAAAGAUCAACAAGACCGGCCCGAUCGCCUCUCGCCAGGAUCGCAGCUACUCACACGAGGUCAUCAUCGACCCGACGAACACAUAUGUCCUCGUCCCAGACCUUGGCGGAGACCUGGUCCGGGUCUUCACCUAUACUGCUGACACGAUCGCUCCUCUUGUGGAGACUGCGCCACUGACCACCGACGCCGGUGUUGGUCCUCGUCACGGCUUCUUCCGAGUCAACGACGCCGGGGAGACCUACUUCUUAUUCGGUGGAGAGCUCUCGCAGAACGUUUAUUCUUACAAGGUCACCUACGGCGACUCCGGCUUGACAUUCGAUAAGGUCUUCGAGGCCCCUGCGCUUGGCCUGAACAGCAGCCUAGCCGUUAAUACCGCGCCGGUCAGCGAGUGCGCUAUAACACCGGACCAAAAGUUCCUCAUCGUGUCCACCCGCGAGCGGUCUUUUUCGACCUCCGCACUCUACCAGUCGGGUCCAUCUGACACGCUGACGACCUGGACGAUCAACGAGGACGGAACGCUAACAUUCCUUCAGAGUGCUCCCUCAGGUGGCUGGCUGCCUCGUCAGUUCUCACUGAACGAGGCCGGAGAUCUGCUGGCUGUCGGCCACCAGAACAACAACACAGUCGUCAUCUGGAAACGAGACCUCGAGACCGGGCGGAUCGUCACGGAGGAGGAAGGCGGUAAGGUCGGAGAGGCCGUGGUCUCUGGCCCCGUUGUGUCCACUAUUUGGGAUGAGUGA